GCUUUCCACUGGUCCAGCCCUACAGGAGGAGUGAGAGGCGACAGAUAGGCGACUCACGGACAACAUUUGGACGUUAUUUAACUUUGUCGGGACCCCCCACAGACUGUUUGGACCUUUUUAUUUCCACCAUGACACCUUGAACUGUGCGCGAGCGAUCGAUAAAUGCGUUGUAACGGCUGGGGAGCGGAAGUGAGAGAAGGGGGAAGUUGUUAGGGGAUAUAGGAAAAAAUAAACCCCUAAAAAGUGAUUUUCCUGCGUCACGUUCAAGGCAAAUUUCGUCUUUGCAGAGGGAGGGUAGCCCUGGAGUGUUUGGGGGCAUGGACACCCACGUUAAGGAGGGACAACUUUAUGUGCAGCAUCAAAAGUUUGGAAAGAAAUGGAAGAAGAACUGGUUUGUCCUUUACCCCGCCAGCCAAAACGGUAUUGCCCGCCUCGAGUUCUACGACACAUCGUCGGGCGGAGGGGGUGGGGCCGGCGGAGGCUCAGGAAGCGGGUCCAAUGAGAAAACCAGGAAGCUUGACAAGAAGAUAAUCCGCCUGUCUGAGUGCAUUUCUAUCCUGCCGGCGCUUACGGAGAGCUGUCCCAAAGAAAACAUGGCAGCGUUCUGUGUGGAGACUAACGACAAGACGCACGUGUUUGCUGCAGAGAAGAAUGCCACCAAGGACUGGAUGGAUACCAUGUGUGACAUCGCAUUUCAGGGAGGAAGCGGCAGCAGCAACAGUACUCCAGACUCUAAUGGAGGAGCCCAGGACCUGCAGAUGUCUGAAAACCUCAUCUACUACUCCAGAGAGGAGGUUAACGAGUUUUGGGUGAGCAUUCAGCGUACUGAGGCGUCAGAGCGCUGCGGGCUGACGGGCAACUACUGGCUGAAGGCAGAAAGUGACAUCUUAAUCUUGAAGGAGCAAAAGACCAAGAAGAAAGUUCUGGUGUGGCCCUACAAGCUGCUGAGGAGAUACGGGCGAGACCGGGUGAUGUUUUCGUUUGAGGCAGGCCGACGCUGCGACUCGGGCCCUGGUAACUUCACCUUUGAGACCAAGCAAGGCAACGAGAUCUUCAUGCUGGUGGACCAGGCCAUACAGUCGCAGAAGGUAUUGGCUGAGGAGCGCCACCUCAGCUGCAACAUCAACUUUGACCCAGACUGCCCUGCGUCACUACAGCACAUACGCAACACCGUUCCUAGUGGCAUGACAGCUGGAAGUGGAGACAGCAGCAGCUGUAGCAGUCGGGAGGCAGACGGCGAUUCAGGCGGCAGCAAGCCGGGCUCUGCUGAUGGCGUGCUUGGGAAGAGAGAGGGUGGAGAUGGAGGAGGAGGAAGGGGGCAAGGAGCAUCAGGAGGACACAAAGGGAGGAGUUUACCAGAACCACCAGCCAUGAUGGGGGUUUUGGGAGGAGGAGGGACCCCUCCAAGGUCUCCCAGGGGGCAGGUGGCAGCAAAAGGUCUUUCCUCAGCUGAUGAACAUGCAGGUCUUUAUUCUGAACCAGCAGAUUCAGUCUGUCUGCCUCUGCACAGUGGUGACUACCUCUACUCCGAUCCGGUGGACAGCAUCAAGGGUCAAAGCCAAACCACCAGCCCAUCCACCCCUCCAGUGCCCACCCCACGCCUCCGACCAGUAGGAGACGAGUCUUUGGGAGGUGGCGUCCAAGGGGAUCAUCACCAUGGAAGCAGCAACCACAAGAAGCCACCGGACCUGUACUCACAUUUGUACGACCGGAUCAGCCUGGAGCUGAACCAGAAAACAAGUGCGCUGAGUCUAAAUGGGACUGCAGGGGGAGGAAGAGGUGGAGGAAGAGGGGGAGGAAGAGGGGUGAACAGUAACAGGCGACCCCCCGGAGGUCAAGCAGAAGGGGCUUCAUCACCUCCUGCUCUUCCUCUGGAUCACAUAUACGAUGAACCAGAGGGUUGCGCCAAAGGAGGCGCUAGCAUGUCUGCUAGUUCAGGGAUGAGUAUUUACGACGAGGCCCGUUUGGAGCCCCCCAGCCAGAGGAGACAGGAAGAGGUGGCAGCCCCGUCAGGAAAUUACAGCACCCCCUCCCACGGAAAGCUGUCAGAGUCCAACAGACACUCUCCCCCGCAGCUGGGCCCAAGCCGUGGCACGCCGCAACCUCCGACUCCGAGGUGGCCAAAACCUGUCACCGCCCCCAAGCCGAGCAGGAGUGCCUUUACUCGGAAGGAGCCGGUGCCUCUGCCCCCUGGGAAACAUGGUGGUCCUGGCAGUAAUGUGAACAACAACAACAAUAUUUGGGGAGUAGAAGGAGGAGGAGGGGGGAGGGAGUUGUACAGCAAAGUGUGUAAGCAGAAACCUCCACCUGCUAAUUCGUGGUACAGCCAGCACCACCAGCAGCCACUGAGAUCCCCUGAUAUCAUCUAUGACAACUUGGGAGAUAUUUGACAUCCUUCUUUUUCUACAGGGACUAAAAUAAAAUGUUUAUCCCCUUUGUGAAAAGAGGAGAAAUGUUAAUACAGAAAAGAUGAGGAUGAAAAGCAAGCUUUUGGUGGAUGCUGUUAUUCUUGCAGUUUUAGUAAGGACUAAGCACAUUUCUUCCAUCUCUGGACUGGACUGGAAUAAUUAUUUGAGACAGUCGAUUCAUUCGGAGUAGAUUAGCUCACAACGAAGAGAAAACCCCAUUACGGUUGCAUUUUGAAACAUGGAGUGCAACUUUUGUAGGGCCACCCUCUGUGUGUGUGUGUGUGUGUGUGUGUGUGUGUGUGUUUGAGAAAGAGAGAGAGUGUCUGCAUGGUCAAACCCAUAAUUGGAGUACCAAUCCACAGUGUGGUUGGAACCAGCCACUUCACUUGAACACACACACACACACACACACAGAAACCAUUUAGAUUUGCCAAAAAGAGCUCGGCCUACAGGCUUCACUUUAACAAGCUGAGAGAGCGGCUUGGCUCUUCUUUUAUAAAAUCUCUGCCGUGCCUAUGAAGUGACUGGGAAACAUGUUUUUGCACUGCUGCUUUUGUGUUUCUUUGCAAUAUGAGACAAUGUGACAGCAAGGAGUUAUUGUUUGACCGUUUUGGAGUAUCUCAGAGACUAGGACUUUACCAAAAGAAGCUGAUCUUUUUCUGUUUGUGUUUUCUGGGCUGAUUUGUCAUCCGGAAUCCCAAUAAAACAGGGAGAUUUAAAACAUUUUAAGACCAGAAAAAUAAUAUGCGAUGCAGUCGCAUCUUAAGAUUCACUAAAUGGAAAAACAUUGUUGCUACUAUUUUGAAAGAAGCAUGAAAAGUGGGACUUUAAGACCCCAUUUGGGUCUUGGAAACAGACAUGAAUGGGUCAUAAAGGGGUCAUGGGGUCACAUGGUCCAUUUGUGACUGUUAAGUUACAGAGACGACUUCCUGCACAAGAUAAUAUUAUUUGAAUCCUUUAUGUGUUUAUGUACAGACAAACUAAAUAUGAAACUAAUCAAUCCCUUGCAAUGUUUCAGUAUGUGUAUGUAUGUGUCAGAAACAGCUGUGCUGUCUGUAAAUAUAACUAAUAAUAAAAAUGGCUCCAAAAACUAAAAAUAUUUCUCCAUAGUGGAUCUGUACACUGUCCCCUAAUUGCUGCAUCACUACUUCCCCUCAGUGUGUUGGUUCCGUCAGGAGCCAAUCAGACACGGUUUUUAGUGUUUCAAAGACUUUCUGUUCUGGACCAACCAGUUCUGAACAGUGUGACCUCAUCCUCCACUUCCCUCCCUCUGCCACGCUCUGUUAUUGUUGUUUCAGUCGGUUUCCAACCACUUAAUCACACCGUUAAAGUUGAGCCUCAAAAAACAAAACAAAGACUUUCUUUCUUUCUUGUCUGUCCUCCUUCCCUUCUCCCUCUCUGCAUUAAUACUGUUGUUUGGUUGCUCUGGUGACAGUUAAUGGAGGCUGGUUUGUGUCGGACACGCUGUGCAUUUCAACUGCAGGGAGAUACCGUGAGAGGAGGGCAGGAAUACAAGAUGGAACGAGGGGAAAAAUGGGAAAAAACAGCUAAUUGACAUGUUAAAGAAAGGGGAACAUGUGGGUGUUUAUCCUGAGCUGAGGAUGGCGGAAGAGUGAGAAGAAAGGGACUUGAUGACGGAGAAAAGAGAUGAAAAAGAUGCUGACAUGAUGAAUGCUGGCUGGAUAAACCUGUAUGUGUCUGGUUGGCUUGCAUAACAGACAGAGCUGGGGAAGAAAAACAAAGAGAAAGAGCAACGACAAACUUCUGUCUUUCUCAUUAAACUCUGAGUGAACUCAUUGGAAAAAAGAAGCAUGGUCUCGGAAAGAGAACAGGAUCAAUCCAACAACAAGAGGCACUGAAACUAGGCUUCACACUAACCGGUGCUUUUUUGUGGAGGCUGGGCUGUGAGGUCUUUACAUGCUGGGAAACAAAUCUCCAUAAUUUUUCAAAGAUUAAAUAAAAAACUUUGCAUACACAGUUAAAGGUGGGGUAUGCCAUGACACACUUUGUUUAUUUUCCAUUUACAGAGCCAGGGCUGUGUACAAACCAAAAAAUCUUGAGAAGAUUCCACACCUGUCAGCUGCACUUCUGAAUGUAAAGCACCCUCAAGCUGAAACUCAGCUACAUUUCCUCAUUCUGUUUUAAGAUUGCUGUACAUGAAAUAUGAGACCUUUCUCUUGUGCACAUCUGACAAGGAUUCUUGUGCUCUGCCUUCAGACACACCUGAAACUGCCUGGUUUCCUCUUGUCUUUGACUCUGUAGACCACCGGCUUUUAUUUUUAGCUGUGCGUGGGCAAACCCAGUCAUGUGUGUCUGAAAGAGAGUUUCAUUCACUCUCUCUCGGUUCUCAGCGCUAUCUAAAGGAAAUGACAGUUGCCUUGAAAAUAAAAGGAAUGCAAAACCCUA